GAAAGACGCACUGCGGCGUCAUCAAUCGGCGCCUGGGUUGUGUCAACACAAACAGAAGAGAGAGAGAAGCUAGUGGUGCUAGUUUGGACGCUAACUGCCUCUAAUGUUGAGUUAUUGGCUCUGCAGAACUGAAUGAGCCUUCUGCCAGUGCUGUUUUGUAAGUGCUGCUGCUGCCAGGAUGGGCCAGCAGCUCUCAGGUCAGGCGGUGAUGAACCAUCUGCCUGAGAAGCUGGUGAAACACGCUGGACUGGUACGUGACAGCGGCUACCUAACCUACGAGGAGUUUCUGGCGAGAGUGGCUGAACUUAACGACGUUACUGCCAGGCUCGCUGCUGGACAGCAGAAGCACCUGCUGUUUGAGGUGCAGCCAGGAUCCGAUGCCACAGCCCUGUGGAAGGUGGCAGUCAGGGUCCUCUGUACCAAGAUCAACAAGGAGAGUGGCAUGAUGGAAGCAUCACGCAUCAUGAACCUGUACCAGUUCAUCCAGCUGUACCGUGACAUCACCAGCCAGGCUGCUGAGGUGCUGUCUGCAGAGGGCGCCACCGAGGGCCCAUCUGCCCAGCUCCCCUCUACAGACUCCUGCCAGGCCAGCAUGUGGAUGGGCAGAGUGAAGCAGCUGACUGAUGAGGAGGAGUGCUGUAUCUGCAUGGACGGAAAGGCCGACCUUAUCCUGCCCUGCGCUCACAGCUUCUGUCAGAAGUGCAUUGAUAAAUGGAGUGGGCAGAGCCGAAACUGUCCGAUAUGUCGCCUGCAGGUCACUGCUGCCAAUGAAUCGUGGGUAAUGUCUGAUUUCCCCACAGAGGACGACAUAGCUGGCUACAUCCUCAACUUGGCUGAUGAGGCAGGCCACCCACACAGGCCUUAACACACACAGCACACUGAGCCAAUUAGAUGAAAUGGGAAACUGACCCGUACUAAGUAGACCUUACAUGUUGAAACACAAAAUGUCACUUUUUUCCUGAAAAGCUAACAAGGCAGAAGAAACCAGCAGGGUUUCCUUCUCCUUAUGUUCUUAGUGACAGGGUCAGAAAAUGAAACCUUGUUUCUUUUACUGUAAGUCCUAAACAUCCUAGGAUGCUCUUUGUAACCCAAGUGUUGUAGAUACGGUGCUUUAUGGGAAUGGGAAUGCGUUGUUUGAAGUGAAAAGUCAGUAUAUGUAAUAUGCUAAAUAAUAAUCUAUUCAUUUAACACCAUAACCAAGAGUACAGGUCUUACAGUAAUUAAGGGUUAAUGUAACCAACAUGGAAGAAGAAGAGCUGUUUGGGAUUAACUAGGCACUUUAUAAUAGGAAUCCUUAUCCAACGUCCAGUGUGUAACAUUUAGGAGGAUCUACUGACAGAAAUGGAACAGAAUAUCCAGAAUUGAAGCACACACGCCCCUGCAUCACACGCCAACAAGUAAGCUCUAUGCUGACAUCUUAAACGCAGAGGAUGCAGCGUGCUGGACGGACUACGGAGGUAACUGAGGAGUUGUCUGAGAAUCACUAGGCUUGUUGUCCAACGGCCGUAUAAUAAAUAUAUAAAUGAAAUACGUCAGAUCUGCUUAUGUCUGUCCUGCUCCCGAAAACAAUCAAUUAAGAAAUGCUUUUCUCCUUAUGAAAGUAACAUCAGCGAUUGUUCGACCAAUGAGAACUAGGUCGGACAAAUAUAUCAUACAUCAACCGACCAAUCGACCAGACGGUGUCAGCCCCAUUAGAUAGGCUGUUUUUUUGUGAGUUUCCCAGCCUCCGUAGUUUCUCCUACACAUUUGGAAGGCUGACCUGUAGUCACAUGGUUGCAACUUCACCACUAGAUGCCACUAAAUCCUACACACUGGUCCCUCAAGUUGCCUUUCAUUUUAAUAUAAUGAGAGCUGAGACAAAGGAGGUGAGCCCUCGUAUCCAGAGAGGGUUGUUAAGGCUCAUAACUCACAAUAGUAAAGUUUAAAGGAAUAGUUCAACAUUUUGAGAAAUUCCCUUUAUUCACUAUUUGGGCUUAUAUGAGAUAAGAUCUAUGCCACUUGCAUGUCCGUUUGUGAAAUGUAAGGCUACAGCCAGUUAGCUUAGCUUAGCACAAAGACUCACUAAUUAACACGUUAUUUCUCGUUUGUUUAACCAGCACCAAAACAGAUAACGUGUUAAUUUGUGAGCUUCAGAGGUGCUGGCCAGUGGAUAUUGUUAUGUUUGAACAGAGCAAGGCUAGCUGUUUAUGGUCUUUUCGCUAAGCUAACAUGUUGCUGGCUGUAGACCUCUAUUUAAAAGACGGGUACAAGAGUGUUAGCAACCUUUUCAUAUAAUUCUCUGGCAGAAGGGUGAAUGAGCUUAUUUCCUUGUGCUUCAAGUGCAAAUCUAAGACAGAGGUUCUGGUCAAACUGUAGAACCAAAUGUAUUUUCCACCUGUAAAGCUGUUCUGUAGUCUGUGCAAUAUAACCCUGCAUGUUUAUAUCCCACAUGACAUGCCCUAUGAGCUGUGUUAUGUGAUAUCAGAAACUGACAUUGUCAAUGAGUGUCUUUUGGGUGUACAGGACUAAAUAGUUUUAUAUGAUUUUAUUGACUUUGCUUGCCGUGGUGUGUUUUUUUCACUGUUGGAAAUAACCACUUUGUGUCAUCAAUGCUGUUCUUAUCUUUUUACUUAUAUAUAUAUUUUUUUUAAUUUACCAUAAUUUUAUUGAGAAGUACUGUAGUUUAAACACACACACACACCAAAACGACCAGUCCUGUCUUUGCUGUGCUCCGCUUCGUCUGGCCUACGACUACAGAUAACUGAUUUAUUGAGAUAGGCAGCUUUUCAGUUAAAAACGAAAUCUUUUAGAGUUAAAUAAGACCAGAAGAAAAGUAUUUCUGGUCUUGUUUCCAGAUCACAUAAAUCACAGGCAGCACGUUUAGUUGUCUGGUUGUGAAUUAUGAGGAUCUAUGCUGAAGUAUUUCAUACAAUGUGAACAUGUAAUGAACAUUAGUGAUAAAUAUCUAUUUUACAGUUUAAAGUUAUUGAAGUUAUAACGAUAUACAAUGCUAGUUUAUUGCUAGUCAUUUUGUAUUUCUGACAUUCAGCAAGUUAAUCAGUUUUACAUUUCAUUUACAUUUAGAUAGUUUAACUGAACAUGUUAAUUUCCUGAAGAUAUAUUUGAUUUAUGUUUAUUUAAUAUACCAUAAACAUUCAUUUAAAUUCGACCAAAAUUAAUUAAUACGUUUUGGUUGCUGAUACAGAAAAAUCUCACUUUGAAACCUCACUGUAGCUUUCUCUGUGUUUGUGCACUACAGCAACAGAUGAUUUUAUCUCUGGUGGAAAAUAUUGUCUGACACUGUAACCCUCUGACAGCAGUUGAGACCGGGCACAACCACACAUGUGCUGCAGUAGGAAACUUUAUUACUGCAUGGUUCAUUCAGAAUUUAUAAAACAAAGUUUUAUUAUUGUUAUUAUUAAAUAAUAAAUGAUAUUUAAAUGAGAAAAUGUUCCAUAUAAUUCCAAGGUCACUUUUCAUUCUAGCUUACUUUGAAGAAACUGAUCCUACAUAUGCACAUUGUAUGUAAAUUUACCAAAUGGAAGUAGAUGUAUUAAAAAUGAAUGGAUCCUUGCUGUAUUAUCCUUAAUAAAGAUAAACUCACUUUUUGCACUAUGA